AUGGAAGAUAGUGUUCAACUCGAAGAUGAACCAAUUUCAUCGACAGAUGAUUUAUUACCAUUGAUUAGAGAUCAAUUGGAUUUAGGUGAUGGUGUAGAAGUAGAUCAUGAACAACAGCCACCACCGCCACUGCAAAAGCAACAACAACCAAGCAAAACUGUUCAUUCCUUAUUAGAAGCAGAAACCGAUCCUGAUGCUAUUGAAUCGUUGGAAUUAGUGUUAAACAGUGUUGUCAAAGUCUUUUGCACUUCAAUACCGUGCAAUUUUUAUUUACCUUGGCAAAUAAAACGUCAAGUAGCUAAAACUUCAUCGGGCUUUAUUAUCAAAAAUCGAUGGAUUCUAUCAAAUGCUCAUGCCGUUACAAAUCAGUCAAGUAUUCGUAUUCGAAAACAUGGUGAUGCUAAAAAAUAUCCUGCACGUAUAUUGUACAUUGCACAUGAAUGUGAUUUGGUUAUCAUGACUGUUGAUGAUAAUAAAUUUUGGAAUAAAUUAGAACCAUUGACACUUAGUAAUGAUGUACCUAGAUUACAAGAAUCAAUAACAAUUGUUGGAUAUCCAAUAGGUGGUGAUAAUUUAUCAGUAACAAAAGGUGUUGUUUCGAGAGUUGUCAUGUCAACUUACUCGCAUUCACUUGAGUUUUUGUUAACAAUACAAAUUGAUGCUGCAAUAAAUCCUGGUAACAGUGGUGGACCAGCUAUUCAAGGUAAACAUGUUGUUGGUAUGUCAUUUCAAGGUCAAGCUCAGGCUCAAUCAAUUGGCUACAUUGUUCCUGUAUCAGUAAUCAAACAUGUAUUAGAUGAUAUUGAACUACAUAAUAGAUAUACAGCUUUUCCAAUAAUGAGAUUUCACUAUCAGCCAAUGGAAAAUACAUCGUAUCGCCAGUAUUUAAAAUUGAAUGAUGAUCAGCAUGGUAUCUUAGUAACAUCGGUUGAACAAGCUUGUGUUCUUAGUAAAGUAUUAAAAGAAGAUGAUGUUAUCAUAGCUAUUGAUAAUGUGCCGAUUGCCGAUGAUGGUACAAUCUAUUUUCGUCGUGGUGAAAGACUUAAUUUUAGAUAUUUAGAAAAAUUAAAAUUUGUUGAUGAUACAGUUACAUUUAAAAUUAUAAGAGAAGGUAAGAAAGAUAGAAAAUAUACUUUUAUACGCAUAAAAAGAAUAGGUCGUUGA